UGAAGCAGAUAGCGCCUGAAUUCCGCACCUCCUCGCUAUUUAUACCUAUCAAUCCAUCAAUUUCUUGUGAUAAAUUGUAAUAAAAAAAACUUGCGCUCAAUAUAGAUCUAAAAAAUCCGCUGGAAAAGGUUCAAGUCCACCUUUUCGAUUUUUGAGUGGUCAAUCAGUUUAUUGGCGACGAUAACUGAUAGGAUUGAUAAGUGGCUCGGCGUUCGGUUGAUUUAUUUCCAUUUAUUUCAGUUGCGAUAAAUUACCCUCGAUAUUUAACGAAUAAGAAUAAAAUACCGAAGGAGGGAGAAAAUACUUGGAGUUUAUGAACGAGUGAAACGGAUGUAACUGCGUCAAUCGGUUCUUCUGAGUGAGUGAACACAAACACUGGCCCUGAUUAAGUGAUAAUGGCUGAGUGAGUACGUGUGCACUUAACAGAAAAUGAAUAUGAAUAGUGACAGUGGAAUCCAGAGAAGAAGCGGGGACAUUCCUCGGAGAAAAAUGAAUGGUAGUGAGAAUCCUCGAUCCCUGAACGAACAAAUGGUUGGCGGAAUGUCUAUUGAAAAUGUCAGAGAACGCAUGCAGAGGCUACAGCAGGAUGUGCUAGAUCAAGUCGGCGAUCGAUUGACUGACAUGGUUACAGAAGUCGUUGAAGAAAUAGAAUAUAUCGCUCACACUGGAAUUGCGCGAAAUGAGCCGGAAAAGGGGUACAAUGACAAAAAGAAAAUGGGAGCCAGUGGAAAACUCCCAGAGAAGGACUUCCAAAUUCGUAACUCAGUUUUAACAGAUGUAUUAAAUGACGUGAAACACCUGAGGCCAAUCUACAAUGUUUGGCUGAUGAUUCUGCUCACGCUUCUCCUGCACACAAUUUCAAACGAUCUCAUCGAAAAGGGAAGAGUGAAUGUGGGAUUUGUUACGAUAGCCGCUGGGCUAGCCAAAUUUCCCGAUGUCAUCAGGUUUUGGAGUCUGAUGAUCAUCUCCUCGUUCUCGGUUUAUGCAUUUCACAGCUUCUGGGCGCAUCGACGAGUAAAUUACAUCUCGAAUUCACUAGGUGUAAAACUUUGGGAUUACACGUGGCUCCUGAUUUUCUUCGCAUACCAGUUGGCCUUUUUGUUUCUACCUGCAAGAGCCGUACUGCUUGCUGAACUUCCACCUCCCUCUUCUCUGAUUGUCAUCAUGGAGCAAGUUAGGAUGAUCAUGAAAAUUCAUGCCUUCGUGAGGAGCACGGUCCCGAGAGUUACUUCGUACAAGCCACAUACCGAGGGUAGGGAAUUGGAUUUUCCCGGAUUUUCGAAAUUCCUGUACUUCAUGUUUGCACCAACACUCAUUUAUCGUGAUAAUUAUCCGAGAACGAGAACAAUCAACUGGAGCUUCGUCCUAUGGCACUUCCUGGAGGUCGGAUUUGUCAUAUUCUUCGUAGCAUUUUUAUGCGAAAGAUUCAUCUUCCCAACGUACAAAAACUUUGGAAUCGAACCGGUCACAUUUGGUAAUGUGUUACCGAAAAUAUUCAGUUCAUUUCUCCCAGGGCUGGGAAUGUUUCUGAGUGGAUUCUACUGUCUUCUACACGCAUGGAUGAAUGCUUGGGCCGAACUCCUCAGAUUUGGAGACAGAAUGUUCUAUAAGGACUGGUGGAACUCAACGUCAUACGAUAGUUACUAUCGCAAUUGGAAUGUAGUAAUUCACGAUUGGCUGUACACAUACAUCUACAAAGAUUUUUACGAAAUAGUGUUUCCCAGGAAGAAAGGCCUCGCAAUGUUCUCAGUGUUCUUCGUAUCUGCAUUAUUCCACGAGUACAUCCUCAGCAUUGGAUUCCGUCUUUUUUAUCCAAUGAUGUUUAUAAUAUUCAGCACAAGUGGAUUUCCCCUUGUGUGGCUCACGCAGAAAAGGUCUCACACCUUUGGCAACGUCUUCCUUUGGUUCUCAUUGCUGUCUGGUAAUGGAAUAUUACUCAGUGUUUAUGCCAUGGAGUAUUUCGCCAGGAUCAAUUGCCCCGGGUUCGGGGAUGAGAUGCUCAAUUUAAUUCUACCCCGGAGUUGGCUCUGCAACAGUACAAUUAUGAAAAGUUUCUAAAAACGAAUUAAUUGUUUAUAAUAAGUAAAGGUGCGGCUAUUUCGUUAGCAGCUUUAAAUAAUGAAGCUUAAUUUUUUAUUUCUACAAUAAGUGUCAACAAAUUGAAUUUCGGAUGAUUCCCGAUCGAUAAUUGUCUGAGUAUCUAUGUUGUUCCACUUCAGUCUAUAUAAUCUCGAAACCUAAAAUCAGACGUUUGAUGGGCUCAAGAUAUUGUCAUUGUAAUUUCCAGAAAUUGUUAAAUAAAUUGAGGGGGUGUCUACGUUU